AUGUUCGUGAGCAACUUGAAGGAAAAUCAAGAGAACGUCGUCGACUUGAUCGACAUGGAUUCGACCGUAGCGAAGGCGAUGUUGCUCUACAUCUAUACCAGGGAAGUGGACGCACUCUCCCCAGAAAAGACUCUCGAGCUGUACGUCGCUGCAGACAGAUACAUGCUGACCGAACUGAAAGAGGAAUGUCGCCAGUAUCUAUCGGAAAACAUGUCUUCUGAAAACGUCGGGGAGGUCUUUGAAAUCGCCGAAUUGCACUCGGAUGAUGUAUUAUUGAAAGCAGCUAAAAAUUUCUUCGCCAGGAACGUUAAGAGUAUUCUUGAGUCCGAGGCGUGGAAGGAGUAUUCUGCUCAGAAGCCCUCCCCUUCGGUAGAGUUACUGAGCUAUGCUAUUGCCAGCAACGAUUUAUUUUGUUUAAAAUAA